CUGCACUGAGUUCGUGUGUCAUAAUCAGCCAGAUCACUAACAGCGGUAAAAUGGCCAGAGUUUGUCUGCUGGUUUUCAUUGUUGGUUUUCAACUCGGGGUUCCUGGAGCAAGUGCUGAGAUCACAGGAGACAACACAGAAGCCGUGUUUAUCUCUCAGCAGACGGCACAUGUGGUGCUGAAACGACAACGGAGAUUCAACAGUGGGCGUCUGGAGGAAAUGCUCCAGAAAGACAACCUGGAGCGAGAAUGUAAAGAGGAGCAAUGCACCAUGGAGGAGGCCAGGGAGUGGUUCGAGGAUGAUGAAAAAACUAUGGAAUUCUGGGUCCUCCACACUGAUGGUGACCAGUGUAAGCCAAACCCAUGUCAGAAUGGAGGAGAUUGUGAGGAUGGAAUAAGCUCCUAUAUCUGCUGGUGCAAAUCAGACUUUACCGGUAAAAACUGUGAGAUUGACAAGACCAGACAGUGUUCGAUCAACAAUGGUGGGUGUGCACAUUUCUGCACGAUGGAAAGACACCGACCUGUGUGUCACUGUGCAGCUGGUUACAAAGUUGGGACAGAUAGAAAAAGUUGUGAACCAACAGAGCCGUUCAGUUGUGGUAUCGUCAGCCUGUCCUCUGGCCUGGUUGCCAGAUCUUUCAGGUGGACACAAUCCUCCAACUCAACUAACUCCACCAGACAGGAUUAUGACUAUGAUUACGCUGAAGAAAUCGAGGAUUACCUCAACUUUCAAAUGAACGAAUCAAAGCUGUUCAACAACUCAGCAGAUUCUCUAUUAAAUGUCAGCUCAGUUGGGUUGGAUUCAAGUUCCUCCUUAAACCAAGCUGAGACUCUCAACUCCAGAGCAGAGCGAGAUCAGAGCAAAAGUCCCAGACAAAAGCGUUCCUGGGAUUUACCUGUGCUCCCCACCGUCAUCGCACAAAAGAAUGUGGACGAGAGGAUUGUUGGAGGAAAUGAGGCCACACCUGGCGAGAUACCUUGGCAGGUGGCCCUGAUGGCUUUUUUACCCAAGCGAAACAAAACUCUACCCAUCUGUGGAGGCUCUCUGCUCAGUGAAUUUUGGGUAAUCACUGCAGCCCACUGCGUGGAGGUGGCCAGAGAAAAACAAUACGCUAUCUUCGUAAGACUUGGUGAACAUGAUGUGAAUGUGGUCGAGGCUUCAGAGAGCAACCAUGAAGUGGCCGAGGAACACAUCCACCCCCACUACAACACUCAUGAAUCACAGUUUAAUCACGAUAUCGCCCUGCUGAAGCUCGCCACUCCUGUGGAACUGUCCAAUGAAAGACGUCCCAUAUGCGUGGGCCCAAAAGCCUUCAUACAGGACCUCCUGAAAGACUCCAGCAGCUCUUUGGUGAGUGGCUGGGGACGGACAAGGGACGGUGGUCUUGAAGCUGACAAGCUUCAGAAGUUAUCGGUUCCUCUUGCCGACCGGACCUUGUGCAAACAGAGUAGCCGGAGCCACAUCACCAGGUUCAUGUUCUGUGCCGGCCUGGCAGAUGGAUUGAGCGAUUCGUGCCAGGGAGACAGCGGUGGCCCGCAUGCCACCAACUACAAAGGAACCUGGUUUCUCACCGGCAUCGUCAGCUGGGGGGAGGGUUGUGCAGAGAAAGGAAAAUACGGCAUCUACACCCGUGUUUCACGAUACUACUCCUGGAUUGUUCAGACAACCGGGAUCUUACAGUCCAACUAAAAUAUGUAGUUCAGCAAAUUCAGGAUUUCUUUAGACAGUUUCAAGUUGAUAUCUUGCCUAAAGGUAAAACUCUUCGUUCCUCUAUUUGGACAAAAACAGAUUAGCUAGUCUGUAGAGGACUUCCACUUUAACAUCAAACAUGUUUUAAUUUUACAUAAAUACAUUAUAAUAAUUAAAAUGUGUUGCUUGUGAAAAACUGAGUUUUGUAGAAUCAUACUUUACAACAAGCUGUGGUGGAAGAAUGAAACAUCCUUCUUGGUAUUUUUCUCAACAUUUCCACUACUAGAUUAGGAACUAAAACUCUUCCAUGAAUCUGCAAUAAAUGUGCAUGCAAAGUUUU